UGACAGCACUUCGGGGGGAAGGCUGCGCGCGGCUGCCGAGCGCGUGACUCUUGCGCUAUAUAAGCGCGCACGAAAGGAGGCGAGGCAGAGCUGCAGCUAGAACCCGCGAUUCUCCGGCAACGCCUCCUGACCUGGGCUUUUAAAAUUAUCAUUAUUUAAAAAAAGAGGGAGUGGCCCUUCCAAAAUGGAUUCUCUCAUCCCCUUCAAGCACAGAAAACCCUUCGCCUCUAGGAAAAAUGAAGUGGCUACAAUCAGGAUCAAGUUUCCUGGCAAGCUACCGGUAAUCCUGGAGCGCUAUCCCAAGGAGAAAAUGUUGCCAGCCUUGAACAAGACGAAGUUUUUAGUUCCCCAAGAGCUCACCGUGGGCCAGUUCGUCACAAUCAUCCGCAACAGAAUGUCCAUCGGAUCCACUCAGGCAUUCUACUUCCUGGUGGACGGCAACCGCAGCCUGGUCAGCAUGUCUUCCACCAUGGCUGAAGUCUACACCACAUAUAAAGAUGAAGAUGGCUUCCUGUAUAUGACCUACGCCUCUCAGGAGAUGUUUGGCUGAUGGCCAUUGACCACCUGGAGAUUCCCGAUUCCUCUCGCCCUGAACAUCUAUGUAUCUGGCUCUUGGCCAUCCGCCAUCUCUCUGUCUACUGGAUUGCCGGGUUCUUGGACCAGCUCUGUUGAUCUCCUCGACUGCGGAGAAAGCCUCUAGGUUCAUCCUGAAGGGCAAAGUAAAUUCUCAAUAUGCGUUUCUCUCUCUCUCUGGCUGUUGCAGGAGAUGGGAUGUCUCCUUCUUGGGAAAGAGGUACUGUGCUCCUCCAAGCCACCCUUUUUUUUGAGAUCUUCAAAGUAUUGCCAUCUUUAAAAUGCAUAUGACAUCAGAGUCCUUUCUGACCUUACCUUCACUGCUGCUCUCAGGGUGAUAACACAGUAGAUUGCUUUGAUUAGGUGGGAGAUGGGGAACCAGAAGCCUUCCAGAUAUUGUUGGACUCCAGCUCCAAUCUGCCUUGCCCAACAAUGGGGGAUGAUGGGAGUUGUAGUUCAACAACGUCUGGAGGGCCACAGGUUCCCCAUCCCUGGAUGAAGGGGUGGUAGCUAGCAGCUAGCUAUGUAGCGUCCCCACCCCUCCCCAUAACUGAAUCCAUCACCUGAGGGCAGAUCACCCCGCACAAUAAAAGCACAUGGCUUCCCCCAAGGAAUCCUGGGAACUGUAGUUUACUCUUGGCAGAGCUACAAUUCCCUUAACAAGCUAACAGUUCCCAGGAUUCUUUGGGGGAAGCCAUGUGCAUGAAAUGUGUGGCAUGCCCCUGCCCUGUGAUUGCCUUGGAUGCUCUUUUUGUUGACAUCCAGGAAAGAUAGUUCCAAGGGGAAGCUAUAUUGCAGUGAGGGUGGCACGUACUAGAGCAUCUCCUGAAUCCAAUCGAUCAAAGCAGAAAUCACUGCCAAUGCCACCUUCCUUUCAAAGCACAAGCCCUAGGUUUUCUGUGCGGAGGGGAAGGGGAUUUUUUUUAAUACUCUGCACACAAAAGGAGUUUGAUGUGUUAAAACUUUUGAAAAAAGGGGAUGUUGGCAUAAUGGAAUUAAAAAAAAAGUAUGAUCUUC